UCUUAUUUUGUUCACUUGUUUCUUUAUUAUUAUUAUUUAAUAAUAAAUAAUCUUUUAUUUCUUUUUUCUUAAUCAACUUUUAUUAUUGUAGGAGAUGUUUAGCUAAAAAGACUUAUCAACUUUACACCCAACAUCUUCCAAUUUGCAAAAAUCAUUCCUUGUGUGAUUUUGGUUUUGAAUUUUUUUUUUCCUUCUGGAUUUGAUUUUGGUUUCUCUUGAAAAUGAUGGGGACUAUGUCUCUUGGUUCUUCCAUCGUCAUUCUGCGAAAAGGGGCGGUAGAUUUCACGGGUAAUGACAAGAAUUACCCGUGGUUAUCGAAGAAAAAGAUAAGACGGUUAAUGUAUUGUCAAAGUGAAGGAAAUGUGAGCAGGAGUAUUAUGACCAAGCGAUCGGCUUUGGUCAAGACGGAUCCUGGGACCGUUGUUUUGGAUACCGAAAACUUGGUUUUGGCUCCAAAUGGGAAUGGGAAUGGGAAGGAUUUGGUCUCCUAUAAUGGUGCACAGAAUGGUUCUGUGGUGGGUAUGAAUGAUGGUGGUAUUGGUAUUGUGAAUGUACUCAAGGGAAAAAGGUUCUUUGUUACUGGUGCAACCGGGUUCUUGGGUAAAGUGUUCAUAGAGAAGAUACUGCGCACGGUGCCUGAUGUGGGGCAGAUAUAUCUCUUAAUCAAGGCGAAGAACACCGAUGCUGCCAUGGAAAGAUUGAAAAACGAAAUAAUCAAUACCGAACUUUUCAAGUCUCUCCAACAAGCUUAUGGGAAAUCGUAUCAAUCUUUCAUGUUAAGCAAGUUGGUUCCGGUGACUGGAAAUGUUUGUGAAUCUAACCUUGGGUUAGAUGAGGAUACAGCAGAAAUGAUAGCAAAAGAUGUUGACAUAAUUGUAAAUUCUGCAGCCAAUACUACUUUUGAUGAAAGAUAUGAUGUAGCUCUUGACAUAAACACGAGUGGGCCUAGUCGCCUUAUGAGCUUCGCAAAAAAGUGCAAAAAACUCAACCUUUUCUUGCAAGUUUCUACAGCAUAUGUGAAUGGACAAAGACAAGGACGAAUCAUGGAAAAGCCAUUUAGCGCAGGCGAGAGUAUAGCACGCGAAAGCCUUAGGUACGGGAAUCAUAUGCCAAAGUUGAAUGUAGAAGAUGAAAUUAAAAUGGUUUUGGAAUUGAAGAAAUCUUUGGGAGAAAAUGCAUUGGCUCAAAAGCUAAAAGAUAUUGGAUUAGAGAGGGCAAAGCUAUACGGGUGGCAAGAUACAUAUGUUUUUACCAAGGCAAUGGGAGAAAUGAUGAUUGAUAAAAUGGGCGGUGAUAUACCCAUUGUCAUAAUCCGGCCUAGUGUCAUUGAAAGCACUUACAAAGAACCUUUUCCAGGAUGGAUGGAAGGAAAUAGGAUGAUGGAUCCAAUUGUACUUUACUAUGGAAAAGGACAACUUAGUGGAUUUCUUGUUGACCCUAAUGGUGUUCUUGAUGUGGUUCCAGCUGAUAUGGUGGUGAAUGCCAUCAUGGCAGCCAUGGCAAAACACGUGGCAGGUGGGAAAACCGAAGAGAAUUACAUUUAUCAAAUAGCUUCAUCGGUAGUGAACCCGUUGGUAUUUAAGGAUUUGGCAAGGUUGCUUUACGAACACUUCUAUUCUUCCCCAUGUUUGGAUUUAAAGGGGAGGCCAGUUCAUGUACCAAUCAUGCAACUUUAUCGGUCCAUGGAAGAAUUCUCGGAUCACGUAUGGAAAGACGCAAUUAGCAGAAGUCAAUUGAUUGCUUCAUCAUCUACAAAUAAAGGGAAGUUAUCACUUAAAGUUGAAAAUAUUUGCAAGAAAUCAGUGGAGCAAGCAAAGUACUUGGCUAGUAUAUAUGAACCAUACACAUUUUAUGGUGGAAGAUUUGAUAAUAGCAACACUCAAAGAUUAAUGGGGAUGAUGUCUGAAGAAGAAAGAAAGACAUUUGGUUUUGAUGUGGAGAAAAUAGAUUGGAGAGAUUAUAUCUCAAAUGUUCAUAUUCCAGGGCUAAGGAGGCAUGUAAUGAAGGGAAGAGGAAUGUGCAACUAAUUAGACAUAUAUAAAUAUCAUUCAAGACACACUACCCUUUAUGCAUAUUUAGGAAACCUUAUUUGUAAUAAACUAUUGUGAUUUCUCUC